AUGGGAUCUGCCUGUUCCACUAAUGCCGGAGUAAAGGCGGAUCCGGCACAAAUCGAGAAAAACAAGGCAAUUGAAAAGGAAAUUAUCGCGGAAAGGAAGAAGAAAGUACUCAAAUUAUUGUUAUUGGGUCCUGGCGAGUCCGGGAAGAGCACGACAUUGAAACAGAUUCGAAUUAUCCACGAUCAGGGUUUCUCCGAUUCGGAGAAGUUGGCUCGAAAGUUUAUCAUUUAUCAGAAUCUCGUCUCUGGUUGUGUCGAUUUGGUGAAAGCGAUGGAGGUGCAACGAUUAGCCUAUCAAAUGCCCGAAACUUUUGAGCUAGCUCAACAAAUUUGUAUAUAUUAUGAGGAGAAUAAAAACAAUGAGUUGAUCGAGAUCACGAGUCAUCUCGGUGACUGGAUUGGGAGGUUGUUGAUGGAUCCAUCAGUGCAAAAAGCUCUUUAUCGAGUCCCCGAGAUCUCUAUUGAUGAUGCGGCUAUUUAUUUCAUGCAAAAUCUGGAACGAAUACGAGAACACGAUUACAUUCCGACAACUGAAGACAUCUUGAAAAGUCGAGUGCCGACAACGGGAGUCAUUCAGUUCACGUUUCUAAUCAAGAAUUUUGUGUUUAGGGUUUUCGACGUGGGUGGACAAAAAGCUCAACGGAGGAAAUGGAUUCAUAUCUUUGAUGACGUGCACGCCGUACUUUUCAUCACAUCACUUUCUGAAUAUAAUCAAAUGCUAUUGGAGGACUCGAAAACGAAUCGAAUGCGUGACUCAAUCGAGCUUUUCAAUCAAAUCUGCAAUAAUCAAUGGUUUGCCGAAACGGCGAUGAUCCUUUUCCUCAAUAAAAUCGAUCUUUUCGAGGAGAAGAUUAAGAUUUUCCCUAUCAGUAUCGCGUUGCCGAGAUAUAAAGGCGCAAUGGAGUACCGUCCGGUGCUUGACUAUAUCACAAAGAAGUUUCGACAGCAAAACAAAAAUCCGAAACGGACGAUUUACACGCAUGAGACUUGCGCCACGGAUACACGACAAAUUCAGGUCGUAAUCGAUUCCGUAAUCGAUGUCGUCAUUCAACAAACCAUGCAAAAAGUCGGCAUUCAA